AUGGCACCAUCUCCGUUGGCAAAAUUGCUUCUCUCUUUGGCCCUCGUCCUACUCUUGCACACAAGCACUUGCAUUGCCUCGGACGAUGACACCGCACCUCUUCUAGGCGACGAGGCGAAUAGUCGAGCCAAGGUUGCAGCACCACAGGGUGGGACUCCCAACGUAAAACUCCCAAUUGAUUCUCAGGAAUGGGAUCGAUUAAACGAUGAUCAACGAUUCGAGCUCGUCAAGAAAAAUCCCAAAGCUGAAAAUUGGAAACACCUAUCAGAUGAUCAAAGACUGCAUCUGUUUGAAGCAUGGCAAGAGAGAAGGAAAGGCAUAAAAGAAAAGGAGUUGUCGCUCGGGGGAGUUGCUAAACAGUUGGGUCUGGCGACUGAAGAAGAAAAGAAGCUUCUUGACGACGCCAAAACGCCUGCGGAGACGCGUGCCCAGACGGAAGAAAGGUUGCGUCAGAAGGUCGUUAAGAAUGCCAAAGGCUCCAAGUUGUGGGAGAAAGCGAAAAAGACGAUGAUAGCGCACGAGCACUUGGAUUCGCUUACCUGGAGCAUGUUGCCGAAAGAGCGGCGACAGGAAAUGUGGCAAAGUGAUCCCAAGCUGAUCCAAAAUUUAAGCCCGGGUUCCAAGGAUGCCCUGCUCGAGAGAUUGAGUAAAUCGACGUCGUUUAAGGGCAAGUCCUGGGAGGAGAUACGAGAAGCUGUCAAGGCCAUAGACAGCUUGCCGCCUGGAGGGCGUGCGACGAAACUUGCCGAGAAUGUGAAGAAGCUUGAGGAAGCUGCUGGGAACCUGGCGGGCAAUGCUGAGAAGAACCAAGUGAUCUACGGGAUGGAAGCCGGCAUUAUACAGCCCUGCGAUGAGUAG